CGGCCGCUUCCUGAAAGCUGAAGGGUGGAAACAGGAAGCAGCGUCCGUCGGUGCCACUGUUCUUCUUUCGCUGAGCAGUUGGACUGAUAUUUAUCAUUCAACAUGCCGGCGUAUCACUCGAGCCUGAUGAUCCCCGAAACCAGACUGGUGGGGAACAUGGCUUUGCUGCCCCUCAAAACUCAGUUUAAAGGACCAGCCAGAGGAGAUGGCAUCGAUUCUGACAUCAUCGACGAGGCUAUCUACUACUUCAAGGCCAACGUCUUCUUUAAAAACUAUGAAAUCAAGAACGAGGCCGACAGGACGCUGAUCUACGUCACACUCUACAUUUCUGAAUGCCUAAAGAGGCUACAGAAGUGCAGCUCCAGGAGCCAGGGUGAGAAGGAGAUGUACACUUUGGGCAUCACUAACUUCCCCAUUCCUGGAGAACCUGGCUUCCCUCUUAAUGCUAUGUAUGCUAAACCUGCAAACAAGCAGGAGGAAGAGACCAUGAGGGCGUACCUGCAGCAGAUCCGCCAGGAGACGGGUUUGAGGCUAUGUGAUCGCGUGUUUGACCCCCAAACAGACAAACCCAGCAAGUGGUGGGUGUGCUUCGUCAAGAAGCAGUUCAUGAACAAGAGUCUGUCGGCUCCCGGACAGUGAACCACUCGAGACCUGCAGCUUCUGUUCUGCUCUUUCCAACGGAUGGAUUUUUUUUGGGGGGUGGGGUUGGGUGGGUUUGCUUUUGUGUUAAGAUUUUAUACUCACUGAGUUUAAGGAAAUGUCUUCACUUGUCUGGAUGUUAAUCAUAUUGAGCUGGUGCUUAACUCAAUAAAGCAAUCAGAGAGAAUGGAAA